CCAAACUACUGAUUGCCAUGGAGAAAGGGUCUCUCAAAAGCCUUCAAGGCAAAACACUUGAAGAGAUUGAAAUCGAAGAUAACCUACAGUUGACAGAUUCAAGUGAAGAAAGUGAGGUUGGAGCGGAGCGUGAGGAGGUUGGAGCGGAGCGUGAGGAGGUUGGAGCGGAGCGUGAGGAGGUUGGAGCGGAGCGUGAGGAGGUUGGAGCGGAGCGUGAGGAGGUCGGAGCGGAGCGUGAGGUCAAUGAAGGAAAUCUUGUAUAUCCACAGAUUGAUUCUAUAGAUACUAGAAUGAUGAUGAAAGUUGUCAAGGAACCUCCAGCACAAAGUAAAAAUGGAGCGGGUAAGGUCAUUGAACCCAACAGAAUACUAAACAAGGAGAUGAAGCCAAGCAGUAAGAAGAAAACAAAUAAACAAUCUGCUUCUCUGGAAAAUGCAAGGAGGGUCAAAAAGCAUCCUUGGUCUCCCACGGAGGUUGCUGCGAUAAUGAAGCAUUUUGGCGAACAUAUCAAAAAAGGAAAACUGGCCACUAUUAUCGAAUGCCAGCAAUGCAAAACUGCAGAAGAUCCUGCUCUGGCUGGUCGUUCUAUUCAAAACAUCAGAGAUUUUGUGAGGAAUCGGGGCGUGUCGUUGAAGAAAAAAGAAAAUCCUAUGUAGAGGAGUCUACAUAACUCCAAAGUACUUCUUGGAGGAGUUACAAAAGAUAUUUUGUAUGUUUUGGUUUCUCAUUUAUUUAUUUUAGAAUUUUACUAUUAGAAGAUUGGUAAAUUCAUUUUGUUGACACUGUUUUAGUGCAUCUGAUCUAAGAGGACAUAAUUUUAUAUUGCCAGUUAUUUUCAUUUCUGUUAACAAAACAAUCCUGUUUUUGUAAAAUGCACUCAAUUUGUUCCUUUUAUUCACCUGUUGCCCUUUUAAUACACACAAAAUACAUGUUUGUGUAUGUGUAUGGCCUUUGUCCUGUUAAUAAAGUUAGCCCUGACAAUUACUGUUCAUGUCAGGGGGAGGAGCCAAGUUACCUAAUUAGUGUUGUCCUCUUAUUACACCAUGGUGUCAGGUUCUUAUAUUUUGAGUUCUGGUGUGUUUUUCACAAUUUUGAAGUGAGAUUUGUGUUGUACAACUCAAA